UCUGAAAUAAUAAGAAGCAAAGGCUACCAGUGCAUCGACCACAUCGUCCAAACGAGCGACGGCUUCUUGUUAAGUUUGCAAAGAGUCAACAACAGAUCCUUCGCGAGAUUAGAUGUGUAUGACACGCUCGCUUCAAACGACGAGAAUGAUGGAAAGCCUGUUGCGUUUCUGCAGCAUGGCUUGUUUGAUGCAUCUUCAACUUGGGUCAUUAAUCAACAGCACCAGAGUUUAGGAUUUGUGCUGGCAGACGCUGGAUACGACGUCUGGAUAGGGAAUAUCCGCGGUAACACUUACUCAAGAAGGAAUGUUCAUUACAAUCCGGCUGAUCCCAGAUUUUGGGAUUGGAGUUGGGACGAAAUGGCCAGGUACGACAUCCCGUCAAUGUUACAUUACAUAAAUAACGCUACAAAGCAAAGAAUAAAUUAUAUUGGUCACUCACAAGGAACCCUCGUUGCCUUUGUGGCCUUUGCGAAUGACCAACAUCUAGCUAAUUUGGUGGACAACCUGAUAGCACUUGGUCCGGUAACAACAGUUGGUCAUAUUGUGGGCUUCUUCAAACUCCUCUCUGAGAUUGCCAUUGUUCCAGAGACCCUGUUCAAACUGUUCGGCAUACACGAGUUCCUCUCCUCAACGACGUACAUGAAGUGGGUGGCCCAACAUGUCUGUCGCGAGGUGAUCCUCAAGGAACUCUGCAUUGCGUCUGUCCUACUCGGUGGUCUCAAUCAUUAUAACGUUAAUGAGACCAGAGUGCCAGUGUACAUAUCUCACACGCCAGCCGGUACCUCAGUGAAGAAUGUUGUACAUUUUGUGCAGAUGGUUCGAUCAAAGAAAUGCAUGGCUUACGACUACAACAACGAAAAAGAUAACUUUGAUCACUACAACCAAACAACAGCUCCGGUAUACAACAUCAGCAACAUGCACGUUCCAACCUACCUUUUCUAUGGUGGAAAAGAUGAACUGGCGGACCCAACGGAUGUAGCAAACAUAAUAGAAAGCCUGCCAAAUAUCAAAGAGGCCAUAGAAAUACCUGAGUACAAGCACUUGGACUUCAUCUGGGGUUUGGACGCCAGCAAAAAAGUUUACGAAAAGAUUUUAAACAUCCUGCCAAAAUAUGGCGGUCGCAUAUAUAAAAACGCCAACAACCAUUUCUAA